CUCUCUCUCUAUCUCUGUCUCUCUCUCUCUCUCUCUCUCCGGUUUAUUGCGUGCAAUAAGUGUGAGAGGAGGUUUUAAAGGUGAGUUCAGACUGCAGGCGGCGUCACUGCAGGAGGAACCCGUCGAGAUGAGGAGGUGUGUAGCUGUCGUCCUGGUGGUGCUGCAGCUCUGCAGCCCUGCGCUGCAGUCUGACCCUCUGCUCUACAUCUCCAAGCUGCAGGACGGCCAGGAAAAACCCACAGCUUGGCUGAACCCCGCACUGGAAGACGUCGUCCCAUCCCGGGAACUCACAAACACUGCGACCGUUCGAGACGUCCCUGAAACUGAGACGACCUCCCGCUCCUUCCCCAUGUUCGGUGAGUACUCCAACCUCAAGUGGGUCACGUGGAACGGCUCGCUCCCAAACGGCGCCGUCGCCAUCUUCAACGGCUACACCGAGCGCACCGACUACGUGUGCAAAGUGAACUGCGAGGCCGGCUUCUACUCUCCCAGCAAAGGGAAGUUCUGCCAGUACCCGUACGCCGAUGCCGAGUACAGGUCCUCCAAGUUUGAAGUGCUGGUCAACGUGGACCACUUUGAGUUCCUGCAGUGGGUCGAAGACUCGUACGGGUCGGUCCCAAAGUACUCGGUCAAAACCUGCGCCAACUCAGAGAUCUACGUGGGUAAAAACAAGUACGGGCUGGGCAAAGUGGUGACCCAACACGAGGCCUUCUUCCUCCCGUACGAGGGAGAGGAGUACUGGUACAAAGACUACCAGGUGCUCGCCAUCAACACCGAGAGCUACAGCCAGCACAUCUCUCACGUGGAGUACGGCGUGGACCAGAUGGAGCUGUUCCACCACCCCCCCGAGGCCCUGCAGCUCGCCAAAGUCACCAACCUGGAGUGCAACAGCGUGCAGAAGACGGUGACUCUGGAGAAGUCCAGUUCGCUGGCAAAAACCUGGGACAUCGGCAGGGAGACGCGCAAUGGCUCCGUCUCAACCAUGAAGGCCAAAGUCCCCUUGCUCGGCCCGGGGACGGUCGACUUCACCGAGGAGCAGACGCUGACCUUCUCCGAGGGAACCACCGUGGUGGAAAUCAUGGGGCACGCCGUCUCCGUGCAGCUGCUGGUCCCGCCCAACUACUCCUGCGCCGUGAGGAUGGAAGGCAGGAAGAUGACGGCCGACAUCCCCUUCACCGGCCGGCUGAGCAGGACCAACCACAACGGAGAAACCCACUGGACGUACAUCACCGGAAGCUACGAUGGUGUGAACGUCGGCGAGAUCAACGCCGUGGUGGAGAGGUGUCAGCCGGUGGCGGAUGCUGUCCCCUGUCCCACAGAUCAACACUAAACAUCAGCGUGUUUAAUGCUCAGAAGUCAAAAAUGAAUGUUUUCAAAUAAACGAACGUUAGAACUAA